AUGUGGACCUCUAUCAUCGUUAUAUUUUCGCUACAUUUGUGUGCGCUCGCACUUCCGUCUCAGGCUAUAGCUCUGAGUUCUUUGCGUUUGACCUCGAGGGCCAAUUACGUGAACGCAAUUGACGCAGAGGCCGACAACAUCCGCCUAGCUGCUCGAGCAGGACAAGUCAGCUAUCUGAUGACUGCGAAGCGGCUCGUGCAGACCAUUAUGCCCGGGACAACCUUCCGCGUCGUUGACGACCACUACACCGGUGAUAACAAUGUCGCCCAUGUCCACUUCAGGCAGACUGUCCACAAUAUGGACAUUGAUAAUGCCGACUUCAACGUCAAUAUCGGAAAGGAUGGGGCAAUCUUCUCGUAUGGGAACUCGUUCUAUACUGGAAAGGUUCACCGAAGGGACCUUCUCCUCGAGAAGGAUGCCAUUGAUUCAGUGACAGCCCUUAACCGUGCAUGCAAAUCAUUGAGACUGCCACUUUCCCUGGACAACGUGAAGUGUGAGAGAGUUCAGGGAACAAAUAAUGUCGUAUUCCGAGGCACGUCGGGGGCCAUCUCUGACCCUAAAGCAAGAUUGGUCUUCUUAGUCAGGUCGGAUGAGAGUCUCGCCCUGACUUGGAGAGUCGAGACGCACACGAACUCGAACUGGUACUUGAUAUACGUGGAUACAGGCGCCAAUGCAACAUUACAUGGUGUCGUGGAUUAUGCUGCUUCUGCUACCUACGAGGUUUAUGAAUGGGGGCUGAACGACCCAACCGAGGGGGUACGCACGAUUGUCACCGACCCGUGGGACAAAAACGCCUCUCCCUUCACCUGGCAAGGGGAUGGCAACACAAUCUACACCACCACGCGAGGAAACAACGGGAUUGCUCAGUCUAACCCCUCAGGUCUGGCCCCCUACAUAGACAACUAUCGGCCUAGCAGCCCGAGCUCCAAGUUCGAGUACCCGUACUCACCGGCCAUGUCCCCUCCGGAUACGUAUGUCAACGCAUCCAUCACCCAGUUACUGUACUCAGCAAACACCUACCACGACCUCCUCUACACGCUGGGGUUUACUGAGAAAGCCGGCAACUUCCAAUGGAACAACAACGGCCGAGGCGGCCGUGAGAACGACUACGUGAUCCUGAACGCGCAGGACGGGCUAUCCUACAACAACGCCUACUUCAAGGCUCCCCCCGACGGCGAACCAGGACACAUGCGUAUCACCAUCUUCACGCGGUCGGAUCCGCCCCGCGACGCUGAUUUUGAUGCAGGCAUGGUCAUACACGAAUACACGCAUGGCUUGUCGACGCGACUGACGGGUGGCCCGGCUAAUUCGGGGUGUCUAUCGGCCUUCGAAGCCAGCAGCAUGGGCGAAGGCUGGAGCGACUUCAUGGCCUCGGCGGUGCGUCUCAAGCCCCACGACACGCGGGCUACCGACUACGCCUUCGGUGGCUGGGCAUCUAACGCCUCAAGGCAGGGGUCACGCCUCUACCCUUACUCGACCUCGCUGACCACCAACCCGCUCACCUACUCCAGCGUGGACGGGAUGCUGAUGCUCCACGACGCGGGAUCGGUGUGGGCGAGCAUGCUGUACGAGAUCUUGUGGAACUUGAUCGAUGAAUACGGUAAGAAUGAUGGCCCCAAGCCAGUCUUUCGCGACAGGGUUCCCACGGAUGGGAGGUAUCUUGCUAUGAAACUGGUGAUGGAUGCAAUGGCGCUGCAACCUUGCAAUCCAACGUUUCUUCAAGCGCGGGACGCCAUCCUAGACGCCGAUAGGGCGCUCACGAAAGGGGCCAAUCAAUGUGCCAUCUGGAGGGGGUUCGCUAAGAGGGGCCUGGGGCAAGGGGCAGAGACUAAAGGGUCGGUUCGCUUGGACAGUAACGUUGUCCCCUUGGGGGUGUGCUGA